CUUUGUGUGUUCUUUGUGUGUUCGCUGUAGUCCUUUUGUUUGAGCUGGUAUGCACAGAACGGCUGAAACAAGCUACCAAGGCCACUGUCAGGGCGAGCAACCAUGGAUUCACUAAAUUCACUAGUACAGCAGCACUUGGAAUGUAAGAAGGCAGAUGAGGCUCGCAAUACCUUUAUCGGAAGGUUGAUCCAAAAGAUUGACAACAUGCAAAAGGCAAUGGACAGAAACGCAUUUAUCAUGGUCCUGAUAGACGGAGACAACAUGUAUUUCUUGACUGAGCUGGUGAAGAAAGGUGCCGUCGGUGGCGAUGAAGCCGCAAAGCUUCUUAGACAAGCUGUCUUCGAGUAUCUGCGCCACGACAACAACUUCAAGCAUGAUUAUAAGAUCGUCAUUCGGGUCUACGCCAAUCUGAAAGGCUUAAGCAAGUUUUAUUCGGACAUGAAUAUUCUGCCCAGCGCCACUUCAUUCAAUCAAUUUGUCCUCGGAUUCAACAAGGCGCAUCCGCUGUGUGACUUUAUGGAUGCAGGAAAUCAUGAAGAAGCUGCGGAUACCAAAUUGAAGGAGCAUAUCAAUCUCUACAUCCACAAUGUCCAUUGCAAAACAUUGCUCUUCGGCGGGUCGAGCGACAACACCUAUGCAUCCUUCUUGAGCUCAUUUUUGAUCGACAUGGACAUUGCGUCCCGCAUCAGGCUGAUCAAAGGCCGACCUUUCUCUGCUGAGUUUUCAAGUAUUCAGGACAAACUGCAAUGGACCGAAUUUGCCGCCGUGUUCAGGAACGCUACUCCUUCCAAAGAACGCACUCCGGAUGGCAUUCGACGCGACACCCAAGUAUGGGUCCAACAACCACAAACACAAAGGUCGUGGCAGAGGACUUCAUCUGGUGACCGGUCUAUGGCGUCACGACCGAAGAUGAUUGCGGAUGUCUACGGUAACAACGUAGGUAGUAAUGCAAUUGCCACGACACUGCUCGAGAACCUCUACCGUGCUGAGCGUGGCGUUGACGAGGCAGAUACACACUCAUGGAAUUCAUCAGCCUCACUCAAGUCGCCCUCUAGCCCAACAGCGCUUCCGAGAAGAAGGGCGGAUUAUAGCGCAGAUGAUAUAGUGACCGCACUAAUCAAAUGCGUGAACGACAUGCUUCAAAAGACACCCAAAUCUCUUGACUUUGGUGAUGUCAGGAGAAGAGUGGAAUCAAUAUUCGGGCUGCCGUCCAACUUCUGGGCAGGUGAUGGCUGGACUCGCAGAAGUAAGAAUAUCAUCAAGCGGGCUGUCGAAAGCUGGGUAGAGCGAACCGGCAACCCGCGGCCGGGGUAUGCUACUUGGGAGUUUGCAUCUAAGCCUCCUGGGCAACCCUCGCCGCCAACGAACCAGAAGACACCCUCGUCGAAAGGUAGGCCAUCACCAGGGUAA